CAGAAUUUGAGUUGUUCUAGGUACGCCUCUCUAGUAUUCAAUCGUACUAUCCGCGUUGUACCUAAUUGUAAUCGUUCCAUUUGUAGUCGCAACUAGUAGCACAUGGAGUUCGUAAUGAAAUACAAAUCUUUUUGCUUGUAACUAGUGGUUCAUGUAGUUCUCUGUGAAAUGCAGAUCUUGCUGCUCCGUUUUGUGGAAAAUAGUGUAGAGGGUAUUUGCUUCCUUACAGGAACAAGAGGGGAGAAGGCCAUUACCCUUUUAUGAAGACAACAUAAUUCGUAGCAAAGACUCCUCACAUACUAUAAAAACUUGGAAAACAAAAUCAUGGCAGCGCCGGUGCAAACAUAGCUGAGCGGGGUGUGGACGCUCAACACUAGGUUGAUUAAGGCAGCGCCUGGUGCAUCCUCAACUACAUCAUCCUUGGCUCCCUUUUGUUCAGCUAGGAAAGCAAAGAGGCCAAGGCAGGACGCUACCAGGGAUGCAACUGAGCUUGCCCUAAGUUGACGCUCGUCGUGGGAACAAAAAUUCCAAGAUCCGGAUCAGCAUUACAAGAGGUGUACUAGUACAACUACCUAAGAGUUACGUACCAGGUGCACAUUUGGCUGUGUGGUCGUGAAGAUGUUUCGGACUAACAUUAAGGCUCAACUUUCAAGAGAAGAAAUAGAUAUCUUCCAACAAUGACCUCAUGCCAGGCACAUGAGUGAAUCAAUGGUCAUUGGGGUUGGUCACUCAGAUCGAAGAGGCGACCCCUUCUUGAGAGAACCAACAGGGGAAAUAAACGAAGGGAACAAAGGGGAGAGCUUUGAAGGGGGUCGCUUCCGUUCUUCAGAGAGAUGCUGACCAAGGAAUGCUGAGCUUUAAUAACAGCAAGCCGAUUUCUUCGGAUGAGGAGGAAGGUGGCGCGUUCCUUCCAGAGCGAAAAUUUUUUCAGAAACACGAAGGCCCUACCUCUGCUAAUGAGAGUACUACAGGAAAGCGACGAACAAGUCUAGUUCGUGCAUGGCCACAGGCGGACCGUCAGUAUCUCGAUGAAUUCAAGUUACGGCCUUCAUAUUCAUAUUCAUUGUUGAUCGGGUAUAAUAGAAAUACCGUCAGACCACGUCUCUACGGUCACCAUGAACGGUGGCAACAGGGACAAAAGCAUGCAUACUUAUCGCUGCUUUGCCGCGUCUCUACUCGGGUCGCUACGGUUGUCACGUCCUUCGUCAAGAAUGAAUGAAUCUGACUCAUCGCAAAAGAUGUGAUUUGGUCUCUACCUUUGUUCAUUGUUACAACCCCGCCCUUUUCUCAUUUCCUGAGGUAGUUCCCGUGCCAUUAUUUGGUCUGAAGAUUGAAAAUAUGUACUGUAUAAGAUUGAUGCCAUUCAUCUAAUGAUCGAAUUUUGCGGAACCUGUCGGCAUUUCCUGAACUAUGUGGUCGAUCCGCCAAGAGGUGACUUAUGGCGCAUAUUUCUAAUAUUAACGUGGUAGUAGUUUAGAUAUGCUGACCCCGUCUCUGCGGCCAUCAUGAACGAUGCUAACAGGGACUACAGCAUGCAAGAAAGGAACUGCGCACGACUUCGGAAGACGUAGCUGGACUCCAAAAAGAGCACUCUGGAACUAGUAGCUGCUAUCUUCUCGAAGAUUUAUCUGUGUAAGUAGAGUAACUACCCGUGUAGGUUGGGUAACUCUUCUUGCUCAAUUGGAUUCUUCUAAUUAGAAGUGCAGUGGCCACUGCGAUUCUGAGUGGGAAAAGUCUAGAAGCAGACGGCAAAGAGAACUUUCGAGGGCCCGAGACAAAAGCGGAAAUAUGGUAUUUCCAGAUGGUCGUGCUUUUCUUAUGAAAAUGAACGGUACUUCUACUUACUAAGUACUACACUGCUCUUUUACUUGGUAGUAAGACGAUGAAGCAGAUCUCUAGACUGCACUGAUUACUAACUACUAGUAAAUCGUAACUACUAGUAGUAAGUGAGCGGCACUUACUAACUUUACCUUGUUGUUUUAGUAGUAAGACGAUGAAGCAGAUCUCUACUAGACUUCAACGAUUACUAACUUUACCUAAGUCGUACUAUUUCAUUGAUUGAUAUUCCUCUCCUCUCCUGAUCCACUGAGUGGUGGCACUUUUCUCAGCCUUACCAAAAACUCAUUGCUAAUUGGUAUCACAGGAUCGAUAAUAUGGAGCCACCUUUCUUUCAUAUUGUAAUUCUUAUCCUCCUUGGAGUUUUCAUCCAUUGAAGAACGACUCAAAAGAUAAGGAAGCCCAAGGAGAAUCACGCUCUCAUCCAUUAGAUAGUUGGAGAACACAUUCAUUCAGUGAUUACGGGAGAAUCAUUCUCUCAACCAUUAGAUCGUCCUCUAAUUUGUAGCGAGUUCUCUUUGUUCCGGAGUGCGAUCGUGGGCACCGGUUUCGCUGUCCUUUUAAGGCUACCGUUGAAGCUGCAUCCCUCUCCUCUAGACACACAGCAUCUCCUGGCUGGAGCGUCUUGGUUCUUCUUUUUCGAAGAACUAGACAAAGAAGAAGCCUCAUCUUGGAAGAUGCGAACGAGCUUCUUUUGACGGAUACUAUCACUCUCAAAGAGUAACUAUUCUUUUUCUACUUGAAAAAGAAGCUUCAUCUUCGAAGGAUACUAGCACUCUCAAAUGCCUCAUUCAUUCCUUCAUACUAGCUCAUUCAAAAAAAAAAUCACAACGCUCUCUAAUCCUUGCUGCGUUGAUGGUCCUGGGACUCGCCUAUCUCGUGGCCAAGGCGUUGCAGUGCGUCAGCGUUUUCCUUGUGCUCCUGUCGGCACGAGUCCAUUCCUUACGAGUAGUACUAAACCGUAAUCACUGUUUUACGAGUCUAAUAACUAUUACCUUAUUUGUAGUAGUAAACCGCCCAAUUUCAGAACGUCAUGAAUCAUGUUCACCUUCAUUUCAUCCUUAGAUGAUUUCUCGACAAUACAACAUUUGAAGAUCAUUUUCAAAUCCUGUCAGUGCCUCUCCUAUUUACUAGUCUACAAGUCUUGCAAAUGUACCCAAUUAAGGUCACUGACACUUGAGUCGUCCCCGCACUCUGGACAACACCCCUCGAAUAGGGAAGUGAAUGAAUGAAUGAAUCACUAACUCCAUCCUCCUUUGCCUUCUAGUUAAUCAGCCCAGUACUAGAAGUUCAGCUAAUCUACGUCGCUUACGGUCUGUGGACCGCGCCUCUUUUGUCGUUGAAUGCUCCCUCGAGUGCUACCUGGGAUGGAAAUUUAAGACAAGGAAAUAUAAGACAAGUAGGGGAUCUCUUUGCUUUAUAACUACCUUACAAUUUUUUCUUCGAAGAACAAAUUAACCCUGGUGUCAGCUUUGAAAUACCGAAGAGGCAGGCUUACCCUGCAGAAUGUGAGUCAAUUCCUAUCCUAUCCUGAGACUAAUCCCGUCAGGUAAUAAGGUAAAGUGGACUUCUCUAGUAUCUACUAAUGUCUCAUAAUAGAUACAGGAGAAUCUUUUUCUGAUGUCAUAGGGUCUACCCACUCUACGUUGGAACGUACCCUACGUAGACUCGACGUAGACGUAGUUUUCGCGUGACAGCUAUCUUUAAGUACUAGAUCAUGUUAGAAAAACAAAAAUGUGUAAAGGAAAAGAAGGAUUAGAUGUUAACAACAACUGCAGCAGUGGCAGAGAAGGGCCACCAGCAGGGAUAUCAUGAUGAUGAUCUAAGAGCUCGCGGCACAAGAUUACGUGGAGACAGUAAGAUGCGUGAGAGGCAAGUAGAUGUGGCGACACCUACGUUUAUGGACAACGUGGCCUCUUCAACUUCCGGAGAAAAUGCGGUUACAACUUCCGACGACGCAGUAAAGAGAACGAGUUUUUUGCAGUAAGGCGUUACUUCGGAAUCAGGCAGCGUAAGUUGUCACGUGGUUCGCCAAUGAGUGAAUGAAUGAAUUACAAGUAGUGGGUUACAACUUUAUAAUAUAGAUUUUGUACUAGUAUUGAGGCGUGCUGCGAACCUGCAAAUCUUGAUUGGCUUCUACCUUUUUUGUUAUACGGUAAAGGUUGGGGGGGCCCCGCGACGCUUCAAGCAGUUAAAGAGAAGAGCCGGCUGCUUUUCCCUCGACUAUGUACGUCUUGUUCUAGUAGAUCCUCCUAUCCUCUAUCCUCUAUCCUCUAUGGGACGAACAAAUUCUAAGCUCCCUCUAAUUCACGCGUCACAGGCAAGGCCGAACGACUAAGGAAAAUGAAGCGGUGACCACGACUCAAGCGCACCUCGAGGGAGUAGGCGCAGCACAUGUUUUAAGCACAAGGUUUAGUGUCGGUCGUUCUCAGUUUAUUGGAAUUUGAGGACACACUCCUGGAUUUGAGAAAAAAACAAACGGCUAGUUUUUCCCUCGUAACCUAGGACUAUCCCACCAAGCGGCAAAGUCCUGAAUUUGAGGACAUAGGCCUGAGUAGACCCUCACACCGACAGAGAGAGAGUCCAACACGAAUACCACUCGCACUAAUGAUGACUCGUAAUAGUAUUGACGUUUUUACUGACAGGAGCGUCGAAAAAAUCAAGUUGCUAAAGAAACUCUAGGGUUUAGGGUGGGGACUACUACUAAGAGAGGAGGUGUACUACGUCUUCAUCUAACAGCAGCGGACAACGCGGACAACAUAGAGAAGCAUGGAAACAUGCCUGUUUACAUUGCAAUCCUUAAUGACAUGAACGCACUCCAGGGCGCAAGGAAAGAGAUAAAAUUAAGGCUGCCGCUAAGAAAAGGGUAUCCCCCCCGCCAACCCGAUGAGCACGACUGAUGUAAGGAGGGCCCCCAAAUGCUGUGGGCUCUAUUGAGCGGAUACAUUCAUACAUACAUACCGCUAAAGCGUGAAGAAUAGGCUUAGUUGGAUGUGUAUGACCCUCCUCCAAGGGUACUGACUCUCAAAGGGGAAGAUACGAACGCGAUACUAACUCGUGGCUAAGUACUUUUGCUUCCACAGCUGAGGCGGUCUUUUCCUUAUUCGUUUUUCUUCAUGUAGUCCAUCAUCUCCUUCAUCUGGAGCCUUCACUUCUUUGACCUUUUUUGUAGCCUUCCGUAGUUACAAGUUUCUCACUCUCGCUCGCACAGCCCGGCCGCAAAUCGCUUGGUCACCGCUUAGGAGAUAAGUGGUGGCUUAGGUCCAGCGACGCUCAAGGCCCUGCUGGGGGGGGUGGAUGGCUCGCCGUCACUGCCGGCUGGAGUGAGUUACAUUGUUGGAGAGUGUUUUGGGGUUUGGUGGCUUCUUUGCAGGUCUCUCCGGUUUGGGGGAGCCGUUCUUUCUCCCCCUUUUCCAUUUUCUCCCCUUUAUUUCUAUUUUUUACGUGUAUUAAUACUUCUUCAUCUGAUUUCCUCAUCAUGCUGCGCCAUCUUUCUCGUUCAUGCCAAUUAAACCACCCCAGACUCCAUGCACUACUUGAUCCUACUAGCCCUACUGCAAUUCUUCAUAAUCGUUUGUGCCUUAACAUAUUCACCUUCAUCCUCAUCCACUAGCUACGUACGUGGUGCUUCCAUUAUGUUUAACCAUCCUCAUUUUCUAAUGAUAGAGAUUCAGGGAAACCUGGAAGUCGUGGACAACAAGGUCGACACUUCGCUGACACGAGAGGACGUCCCUAAAAAUUUGAAAGACAAGCUUCAAGCGCUCGACAAAGUAUGGAUGAUGAUUAUUAUUCUCCCUUUUUUUAAGAGACCAUGUUGGCUCGCUUUCAUUAGGUGACUUCCACUUUAUUGUGGCUGAAAAAAAAAAGACUUUAUUGGACGAGGGGGGGAUCGUGAUGCUCUUUGAGGGGGAACGGUUUUUAAGGAAGAGAGGUUUCCCCUCAAGACUAGGUCAUAUUAGGUUUGUAAGGGCGGGAAGAGGGUAGCCGUGAUGGUCUCGCCUUAGAGGGGAGAAAAAACGACAUCCAUACAGAGAGAUCGAGGAGGCCAAAGGACGAGGGCAAUCUGAAAAUGAAGAAAUUAUCGUUAAGGCUGGCUUGUAGUUGUUGUUGUUUCGUCCCUAAGAAAGUAUCUAUAAUGAAGCAUGAUUUCUACCAGGAGGAACACGCUACCUCAUGCGUAGAAAAAGCAGCUAAAGUGCGAUACUUAUAGCCUAUGCAUCGCUCUACAGGCUAUCGCUCUACUGACAAGGCUUUGCUUUGUCCUUAAUCAGUGUAAAAUCUAGUCCCUUCACAUUUAUAGCCUAACAGGUAUAAGUAGUCUCCUAGACGUCACGAGAGACAGAGGGUUCUUUUCCAUCUUCAGAGAAGUCACCACCCACCUAGGAAAGGAGAUUUUCUUUUUCAACGCCGGGAAAAAGCAUUCUCGAGAAGAUCGACCAGGAUGUUGAUGGGGUUUUCGAGGGGCAGAAAGAGCACCCUUCACCAAGAUGUACUAUCCUAUAUAUUACAAGAUGAGAGGACGAAAUAAAAAUAUUAGAUACAACUUGGGCCCUUAUGUAACAUUCUGGCACUUAUGUCACGCUUAGCCCGAUAUUAAUUGGGGCGAGCUCUAAUAGAGGCAUCGCCCAAGAACUUCGAGGCUUUGCAGAGAAAAUGGAAACGGAGCAUAUUGAAAUGGAAAAGUACAAGCCGACUCACGAUAAAGUCCAGGAAACGCUUAGUGACGAAGAAUUAUUACUUAAGGCUCAAUCGAAUAAUUUUUUUACCUAUUAGAAUUUUAUUACCUAUUAGAAUUUUUUUACCUAUUAGAAUUAAUUUUUUUACCUAAUAUUAGAAUUUUUUUACCUAAUAUUAGAAUUUUUUUACCUAUUAGAAUUAAUUUUUUUACCUACCUAGAGUUUUUUCCUUACUGAGUUGGCCAUUAUAAUUUUUUUACCUAUAGAAUUGUACCUUCAACACUUUUUGUGUUUUUCGGCCUUUUCCUAGUUAGGUUCAUUACUCCAAGAAGGGGUCAUGAAGGCUCAAACAAUAGAGUAAUGCAUUUGCGAGGGCUAUUUUCCUCCGUUUCCUUUGUGGGAAUCUGAAUUGGAGGCUCCUCGAUAGAGUGAUUUUCAUUAUUCCAAGGAAGGACCACUCAAAUUUCCUCUGUUUCCUUCUUCCACUCAAAUGCUCUCUGAAGGAAUGGACGACUCCUGAAGAACUCCUGAAUUGUUAUUUUGCGGCGAUUCUCUCUCUCUCGCCUUAACCAUUCUGGCACUUUCUUAUCUUACGCUUAACCCGUUGCUGUUUUGCGCUCAUGAUCUAAUCGAGGGCGAGCGCUCGCGGAGCUGGAGAGUAGGCAGGAAGGGCUCGAAGAGGAGUUGCAAGUGAAACACCUUGAGGGCGAGGAGAAAACGCCUGCCUUCGAUUUCGAAAAAUUGCCGCCGUGGGCGAAAGAGCCCGCACAGAAACUCGAAUUAAGGCAACAAACAUCAUGCUCAUUUUUAACACUAGAACGUGUAGGACAUGCAGAACGUUAGAAGAUGUAGAACAUUAGGACAUGCAGAACAAUCGAACAUCUAGCAUGUAGAACAUGUAGAACAUGUAGCACCUGUAGCCAAAGACGUAGAGCAUUGAAUUAAACAACAUGUAGCCCAAGAGGUGGUAACUUCUUCUGCUACUUGUUCUUAAUCAAUACUUCUAUGAUGCUGAGUUAGGUCUGCUCCACCAACAACUCUAUGGUGCUGAAAUAAUGUAAGGAAACAGUAGUUGCUCAGUCCUAAUUUAAAAGAACACAGUUUCACACGUAGCUUAAUACUUCUAUGAUGUUGAUAUAAGAGUACAGUUCACACACUUAAUAGAGCACAUAAACAGAAAUGACCGCUUGAUUUUCCCUCAUACGACUAGUCCCUUCAAACAACAUAGUUUACACACUAUCGCCUCUUCAUAAUAAUCAGCUGGUGCGCAGCUUUAAGCUUACUUCUGUGCUUUUAAAAUAAGGUUAUCGUUAUACAUAGAUGCAUCAUACUAUGACAGGCUUAACGCGUUACUUUAGCAACGCGUUAUAGAUGCAUGCUGGUUGGAUUCUAGUACUGCUCGAUUAAAAUUCUGCUUUAUAACGUGUUGCUAAAGGAAUUACAACGAGAAACUCGACAAAGAAAUGCGAAAAUAUGUUGCGAACCCAACUGAGGACACGAAGCUUUUAAGGAUGCUCUAAUCUUUAGAGAGGUGUCUCGGAACCCGCUGCUUAGUGACGGGCCUCAGAACCAGUUGGCGGCUUUUGUCGGUGAAUUCAAUGAGUUCCGAUCGCAAGCUCAAGUUGAACAGGCUAAAGGACAAGAUGAAAGCUUUGCGGUAGAAGUGGCAGACCUUCGCACAUCUCUCCGUGGAACGAUCACGUCCCUCAAAGAGUGGGCGGAAAGGAGGAAUACACUCAAGGCUUUAUGA